AAAUCACGAUCAGGAAUCAUGAUGAUUGCUACUCUGUAGAACGGAAACUUCUGUAUGUCUCUCUCCCCUACGAGAACACAAGAGAACCAGAGGGCUCCAUAAUCCCACUGCCACUGCCUUGUUUCACACAAACUCUCCAAUCCAUCUUUCCAGAUUUCCAUAUCUCCAACCCAAUGUAUCUCUCACUCUCAGGUGACCCUUCUAGGAACAGGAAGGGACCUGGAUUUGUUUUGCAGAUUAAUUGAGCUAGUCAUUGGUCUUGGAUCUUAAAUGUCUGCCUAUGGCCGUCAUAUGGAGCGGGAGUACUCCCCGGAGAGUCUCUCGAGCGAAGGUUCUGAAAGGGCAAGCAGUUAUGCCAUGGAGACAGGAUUCUACAUGUCGUCUUUUGCUACGACAAUCUUCAUUGGCGCACUUAUAACUGUUGGGCUCUUAUUAAUCGCCUUGCUGAUUGCACUGACUGUAAUGCUGCAGUCUUGCGAAAAUAGGAGUCAUGGAAUCGUUGAGACUCAUAACCCGAGUUUCGAUUACAAUCACUGCCAGAUCUUGUCUUUGCAUAUGGAACUUAACGGUGAAGCAGAUCGCUUCCCUUCAAUGUGCAGGGUUGUUGCCCUUCAGUACAUCAAAGAAGGUCAAUAUGUAAGAGAUUUAAAUUCUACCAUGUCAAUGAUUCAGAAUUAUUUCAGCAGCAUUACCCCAGCACACGAUGGUCUGGACGUGGUCUUGAUCGACAUAGAUGACAUUCGUUCUUCAAAUCCUCGGCACAUUAAUUUGCCACUGCCCCAAUAUGAUCAGUAUGGUUGUGGUGAUUGUGUGGAAGAGGCAAAGCAUCUGAAGCACAGGUUUAUUCUGAGAUUAUACAUGGAGCUUCAUGCUAGCGGUUGGCCCUUGAUUCUGCUAUCAAGAAAGCCGGAGGCGGAGCGGAAUUCCUCCAUAGAGGAUCUUAUAUCUGCAGGGUUUAGAGCUUGGUCUACAUUGACAAUGAGAUCGGAAGAUGAAUUGCAUAUGGAGAGCCGUGACUACUUCUCGAAACGAAGGGAUGCAAUGCAGAGAGAAGGCUUCCGCAUACUAGCUUCCAUUAGCAGUCACAUGGAUGCUCUAAGAGGUCCGUUUUCAGGAGAGCGGAUUUUCAAGCUUCCAAACCCAAUUUAUUACAAUUUUUCAACAUCGAAUUGAGGACAUAAGUGUAGACGCAGGCGUUACCACAUUGGCUAGAGCAGGCAAAAACAAGAUAAUGAUGAUAAGAUCAAAGAACAAGAGAAUUCCAAGAGACCAGAAGCAUCCUAAAACAAUGGCGGACCGACGGAUUGCAGCCGCCGCAACCAAGCAAUCCUUACACUAGGCCUUUUCAGUAGAAGAAAUAUUUCCCUGUAUUCCUUUUUCAGGAAUACAUCUAAUGCAAACAAAUAGAGAUCACUUCCUUGUUCUACUUCCUCCAUGGCAUCAAGACAGUUGAUGCACUCCCCAAUGCUAUAAGUGGGCUUGCCUUGUGCAAAAGCAACUGUUACGGCAUCAAGUUGCUCAACGUUGUUCUCCUCUUGAUUCGCUAUGCCUCCGUCUUCUAUAUGCAAAACGGAUGUACUCAAGUUAUCGUUGUACUUCCUCCGCCUGGCAGGAGGCUCUGUCUCUCCGGUAUCUGUUGUUCCGUCAAAUAUGGCUUCCAGUUUGUCAGCAUUGAGGUUCCUUAAAGCGGAAUGAAGCAGCUUCGGGGUCGGUCUGUGAUAAAACAAAAACCACUAUGCUUUAACAACCCGAAAUCAUUCAUAAUCUUCCUAGUUUACACACAUCUAUGUAGAAAUAGUUACCGGCAGUUGUAUAUCAUACCAUACCUCUAAGUAAUUGGCCCAAUCUUCAUCACUUGCUCCAAA